AUGGAGUUGUCACGACAAGAGUAUCCUGCUCUUGCAGCCCUCUUGAAACCUAACCAAACCGUCGCCGUGGUUGGCGAUCGGCUCAAAUUGAUCAACAAAAUCAAUCAGGAUGUCGCAGACUGGCUCCAGGAACGACGUCGCCUCGAAGAAGCGUACUGCCUCGGCCUUCGGAAACUCGCGCGACGGCCCCAGCCAGAACAGGGCGCUGCACUGGGAAUUUUCGAGGUACCUUGGCAGCGCAUAAUAUCCGCAACCGAGUCGUUGGCGCACUCCCAUGAGACUUUAGCACAACAAAUUGAGGCGGAUAUCGAAAAACCGUUGAGGGAAUAUCCUUUUAGGAAUAAAGAACUGAAAGCCAUGUCUGGAAUUCAACAGGACCUUUCCAAUCUCGCGCGUUCACUGGAUGCGGCUGAGAGGAAGGUUAGCAAGUUCAAAGACAAGGGACCAAAGGCGGCAGGGAAGUCAUCUACUGCAUCAUCCGCUGCUCAUGAGGCAAGAGCACAAUGGGAAUCCAGGGCCCCUUUUGUUUUUGAGAAAUUACAGGAGGUCGACGAGCAUCGCCUUAACCACCUGCGAGACGUGCUCACCCAGUUUCAAACUCACGAAGCCGAUCAGGUCGAGCGCAAUCGACAGUCGACCGAGAGCUGUCUCAACGCAUUGCUUACUGCUGAUACAGCGGAAGAGAUUAGGUCUUUUGCACUUAGGGCAAGCGGCGGCCGGACCGUAGAGUUAGAGACCCAGCAACCCCCUGCCACGGCUAUUUCCGAAGUUGAGACUGCGCCGAUGGAGCCCUUGGAACCACCCCCAAGGAUCAAUGACGAUGCGGCCAGUCGACGCUCUAGCCAUUCUAACCGCGCAAGACCUAGCCUUGCCGCCGAACAACCGCAGCAACCGCAGCAACCGCAACAAUAUCCACAACCUCAACCACGGAAUACCCCAUUAGGAGGACUGAAGCGCCUUGGAACGGUCAUGGGGCGAAGACGAAGUAUUGUACAGCCGACUUCUGGGCAUGCAACUCCAGAGAAACGAUUCAAAUCCCCUUUUUCGUUCCGCCGAACCGAAUCCUCUCGCAGUUUUCAUCAAGUUGAGAACCAGCCCACCCCUCCGAACGGUUUAUCACCCGUUCGAUCCGUGGACCAAUCUUCCCAUCAUCGACCUGGUUCCUCAGCCACAGGAAAUGCUUCCCAGACUGAACCUCAGAUUGACACUGUGCUUAACGGGAAUGCCAUACCUGAAGAACCUGACGCCCAAGAAACUCCUGCAGCCAAUGAGUCUCAUGAAGAAAGACCUACAUCUCCAAAGCAACCAUCAAUAGACGCGGACGGAUUCUCCGCUAAGCCAAGCACGAUUGACGAGAUAUCCAGAUUACAGCAGGAAGCUGCUGCGAACGAAGAUCCAGGUCUCAAUCUGACAAUCCGCGACAAACCCAUUCAAGAAGAUGAAGGAGAAGCCCAACUUGCAUUGAAUGAAAUGGCAAGUACGUUGCGACUGCAAGCAAAGCAAUCAGGUCUCUCCCGAGGCCCCGGCACCCUGAGAGGUCGUCGCGACGUUCGCAAUACAAUAUUUGUCCCAAACAACGUCCCCCUUGAGAGCGACACUCAGGGUAAUAUCCUUUCAAGGACCAUUCCAGAACAUUCGCCUGCAUCAUCUCCGCAAAUCCCGCAGGUCGCAAGCCCCCAAGAGGACCGUACCAUCUCCGACGUGACUUCCAUCCAUUCGUCACAGACGCUGCAUAGUAUGUCCGGUCCAAUAUCCCACCCAGAACUAUCAGCUCCUGGGCUCAACGCCUCUAUUGUCGAAAAGCUCAACGCUUUCGUCUCGGAAGGCACUGUCACUAAAUCCUUUGUUGUCGGAGAGCUUGCUCUGGCAUACAAUCCCACAGAAGGCUCUUCUCGCGCUAGUCAGGUUGUGCGUCUAGACAAUUUCCAGAGCCUCGAACGGGUUGCCGCCAAUCCUCAGUUUGUGUCUGAGGCUGCCCAUACCACUGUGAAUGGUGCACAGUCUCCGGAAACCACCGAAGACCGAAAAGGAGAGUACAGCGUAUCGCUCUCUUCCCUCAAAGGCCCAACUCCAACAGUGGCUUUUAAAUACCAAAUCCACCUUGACGCUUCCAACCUAUCAACUUAUUGUCCUGUGAUUUUCAAUCCUAUAUGGAAUGAAGAAGAGUUCCAAGCCAGUGUCAUCAUCAACUGCUCCCUCAAUCCUCAGUUUGUUUCAUCCAGUCCACUGGCAUCUAUCGUCCUACAAAACAUUUUCUUGACAGUCAGCCUUGAUUUGUCUCCUGUUGACGAAGAGACUAAGCAGCCCCGUGCGGUAGCUCGCGCAACAGGUGCUGCCAUGCAUCCAAACACGGGUGCAUCGUUUAGGCGAAAAACAUCGUCAGUCGUGUGGAGAAUUCCUGAGUUUGAGGUCAAGGCAGACGGGGAGAAUAGGUUUCUGGCACGGUUCACUACCACAACCAGUUGGCCUCGCAAGGGUAAAGUUGAAGCGAGGUUUGAUGCGAUUACAAAGGAUACCGGUCUACGCCUUGGAAUUAGUUCGCAAUUGCCCGCUCCUCAGGGCAAAGCCGAUGAGACGGCAGAGGCGAGCUCCCACGGCACCGAACCCACGACCGCGACGGAAACAUGGGCUGAACUUCCAACUCAACGAAGACUUUCUGUUUCGAGAUACGUUGCUGUUUGA